AUGGUUUCCUUUUCGUGCGAGGCCUGUGGAGACAUCUUCACCAAGAAGAAACUCGACCCGCACCGCAACCGCUGUCGAGGUGCUACCUUUACCUGCAUCGACUGUAUGGUACAUUUUCCUGGCACAGAAUAUCGCUGGCACACGAGUUGUAUGAGUGAGGAACAAAAGUAUCAGGGUGCCCUCUAUAAAGAGAAGAAGCCAAAGCAGCAGCAACACCAGCAGCGCGUUCCCCCUCUCGCACCACCUCCUCCACCUGCCGCCAUGGCUCAACCAGCAUAUGUCGAAUCAGUCGCCGAGGAGGACAACUGGAAGAAUUACGAGCAACGCAGUGACGAUGAUAGCCGUUCCAUCAACCUUCCGGAAGCGCCUACCCCGCCUUCUGCCGUGGACAUGGGAGGCAACGUGAAUGUCUUUGAUUUCAUGGUCGACAACCCCACGCCAACCGCUUCCAAUGUUUCGCUUCCCCUUCCCGUCCCUACUCAGGUUCCAGCAAACGAGGAGAUGUCCCUCGUGCGGUUUGACCCGGAGGCCAACGGCGGCGACAACUUCGAAGACCAUGCCCUCAUUCAUCAAGAAAAUGGUGCUGUAGCCUUGAACCAGUUCCAGACACCCGCGCCAAAACAGCCCCGGAGAAAGACCAAGGACAGCGAAAGUAGCGUCAAGAAAGACAAGAAGCGCAAAAGACUACACAUCGAAACCGACCAGGUCAUGAUCGAUGCCCCACCAGUAAUGCACUCCGGGUUGACUGGUGGCUUGAAAGGUCUUAUGAGCAGGUCGUCCGUAUUCCCACCAUCUCCAGACUAUUCUGGAGACAAUAUUGCGACACCAGCAAGUCCUUUGAAGAAGACCAAGUCGUCCAAGCAUCACCACAAGUCCCUUGCGCGCACGACAACCGAGUCUUUGAGCAACGGCCUGAUGGCCAUGAUUGCCGGACCUUCCAAGACGAAGUCGUCCAAGAAGAAGGCCAAGACCAGCUCCAGCUCCAAGGACUCCAAGAAGAAGAGUUCCAGCUCCAGCAGCCCCAAGCGCCUUGAAGGCGGCAAGGAGCCAAAGCUCCUCGAAUACCGACCUGGAUCCAAGGAUAGCAAGGAGGGUGACGUGGCAAGUGGCCAGAUGGUCAUUUACAAGCCCGCCGCCGACCACUUUUUGAGCCUCGUUACCAAGGGUCCCGAGAGUGAGAAGGGAUGCAGCGUCAACAAGGCACUUAAGAGGUACCACCGUGAACGCAGCAACUCGGGCGUCAGCCUCAGCAAGUUGAUGGAAGAGAAGGAGUUGUUCAAGACUCUGCGGAUGAAGAGGAAUGACCGGGGAGAGAUUGUGUUGUUUACCAUUUGAAGCUUUAGCAUGGUGUCUGAGAAGCGUGUAUGCAUAUGGGAAACGGGUAGCAUCCGGGGGCUCCAGGGCAUGGGGCCUGGGUAAUAACAUCAUUCCGAUCAAGGAGUUAAGUGGCGAGGCAUGAUGGGCAUAUUGUGGGCAUACGGUUUUUCUUCUUUUUCUCUUGAUGAUACCUCUCGGCGAUGGACGUGAUGCAUUCUUUUGGUCGUUUCCUUUUCUUCUCACACGGGGUGCAAAGUCGCAGCUCACCUUGAUUUCUUUUGUGGUUUGGUUGACUGGGGGUUUCUUCAUCUUUUCUGGUCCGCGCAAGCUGGCUAUUUCUCUUUUCCUCUCUAAUCUCUCUAACAGAAGUGGGAGCGAAAGAAGAUGGAUUGCUUGGUGGACCCUGGUGGUUUUUACCGGUUUAUAAUAUCCUGAUUUCCAUCUUUGUGUUUUGUUUGGUUAAGUUUUCGAUUGCAGUGUUCCUUUCUUGUAUUAUUUUACAAUUUGAGGAAGAGAAGAAAGGGAGACUAAGGACAAGCAAAACUAAUGGUGGUGGUGGUGGUGGUGGUGGUUGAAGGGGGGGUUACUUGAUACCUUUUCUUGCUGUACUGCCAUUUUUUUUCUCGGGAAGAAGAAUCAGGAUAGAUGUUUUUUUUUUUGAUUGGAGUGAAUAUCUGGGGAGGCUUUUUUGAUUGCUUUUGUUUUUUCUCGACAGUGGUUUUUUUAUUUUUUUUAUCUUGUGUGAAAUCUAUGAUUGAAGUCUUUACCAGAUGUAUAACGUAUUUUUAUACUUGAGUUGUUGCAAUUCAAAGCAAGCAGAAUCAUUACUAGUUGAAUUUUGAACCAUGUCUCAAACAACCCGAGGUGUCCAAACUUGAUAUUAGUAGUUACUAGUCUUCGCUUCCCUCAAUCAUACACAUCAUUUAUUUACAUGACAGCCCCUGUUUACAUUACGCUUUCUCCUUUUUUCCCCACCAAAACCAUCAUGUCUAGUGAACAUGCACCAUCCUCAGCGGCAAAAUCUUCUGUCCCAUCGCCUCCCUCCUGCACAACGGACACUCUGGCUUCUCCCUCACCCAAUCCCCGAUGCACUCCCAGCAAAACACAUGCCCGCAGCUCGUCACCGCCGGGUCCCUCAGCUCCUCCAGACAGAGCGUGCACUUCCUGGGAUUGUAACCCUUUAUCCAAGCCAUUUGCUUCCCGUCACUGAGAUCAUACCUCGGCUUCGUCCCCCCUUUCACCAACGGGGUGUGAGUCGUCCUGGCAAUCUCCGCCAAUGAGCGCUGGUUCUGGGGAGCGGGGGCCGAGGUGUCAAGGAGGGAGGUGUUGAGGGCGUAGGCGUUGUCGUCCAAAGAGACUUCGACGAGGCCGGAGGGGAUGUGCCGGUCUGAUGAUGUGGGGAUGUCGUCUAUAUUUGACGAAGGGGAGGAAGACAGUUGUUGGGAGAGGUGGAGGUAGGUCCUGACGAGCAUUUGGGUGACGAGGAGGACGCCGAGCACUUCGUAGCCUCCGCGACCAGAGUUUUGGCUUGCUCCUGGGGUGUCGGGGAUGCGCUUGGUGAAGAUGUAGCGGAGGCCGAAGAGCCGCUUGGAGAGGGAGUAAUACGCGCCGGUGAAGUAAAAGGUUGCGAGGGUGAUGGCGUGGAUGUGGGCUGGGUUGGUGAGGGAGGAGAGGUGGGUUAGGAUGUAGCGGAGGGCGCGGGCUUCAGAGGUGGGUUGGCCUUGUUUUGUUGUGUCGAGGCCGCGGGUGGUGAGGGUUGUCAGCCGGGUGGUGAGAAGGCGGCGUAGGGAGGAGCGGAGUUUGGGGAGGAGGAGGGUGAGGAGGUAGGGGGUUAGUGUUGAGGUUGCGAUGAAGCCUGCUCGGCGGGAGAGGGAGGGGAGAAGGGGGCCGGGUUGGGAGGUGGGUUUGGGGGGGAUGUGGGAGUCGGGGUAGGUGGUUGCUUGUUGCUGCGAGGGAGGAGAGGGGGGCGCUUCGACUUGGACAAGAUCGCAGUAUUCUUCUCCGAGCGUGCGGUUGCCGAUUAGGGUUGUAAGGCAGAGGUAGAGGGCAUCGCCUAUUGUGCGGGUCUCGGUCGCCCAUGAGUGGGCAGAUCGGGCGCCGCGGAGACGGCGGUGGAGGUCGGAGAUCUGGUUGGUGAGGAGGCCUUGGAAGUAGGCGUCUUUUUGGUGGGCGCGGAUGAUGUCUGGCGCGGCAGCGUAAGGGUAUGGAGAGCUUGUGAGAGGCGGUGGCGGCUGCGAUUUGGGGGG